CGCAGGCUCCGCGCGCACCUGCCGGCCCGCCCCCGCCGCGCCGCGGGGCCGGGGACAGGCACCUGCCGGCGCUGCCGGGCCAGCCGCACCUGCGCCGCCAUACAUCCCCCCCACAGAGCUUCGGCCCGGCCGGGCAGGGCAGCGCCGCCGCGGAGGGCGCCGUUUCUGGGCGGGCAGGGCAUGGCGGUCCGCUGAGAUGAAAGUGACCGUGUGCUUCGGGAGGACGGGCAUCGUGGUGCCCUGCAAGGACGGGCAGCUCCGCGUGCGGGACCUCACCCAGCAGGCCCUGCAGCGCUACCGCAAGGCCCAGGAGAAGGAUCCAGCUUCCUGGGUAAAUAUUCACCACCUGGAGUAUACAGAUGGAGGCAUUCUGGACCCAGAUGAUGUGCUGGCAGAUGUUGUGGAAGACAAAGAUAAGCUGAUUGCUGUUUAUGAUGAACAAGAAACUCACCGGAAGACUGAUGGCACCAAUGGCAAUUUGACAGAUAGAAAUAGCCCUGACUCUUUCGAGACAGAGGUAGCGGCUCAGCUGGCUGCCUUUCAGCCAAUUGGUGGUGAGAUUGAAGUGACUCCUUCUGCCCUAAAACUGGGUACACCACUUCUAGUUCGAAGGAGCAGUGAUCCAUCUUUGGGCCCACCUGCUGAUUUCCACCCCAGUGCUUCUCAUCCCAGCGACCACAGUCUCAAGCAUGUUGUAGCAGGUGCUUCCCAGGUAUCAUUUCAGGAUGGGGAGAUGAACCUCAGUGGACCGACAGAACUGUUAUUGGCUCAGAGGGCCCGGCUCCCUGUCAGUGAGCUGACAAAAACAGUGGAGAUUUCUGGGGAAGGUGGACCCUUGGGAAUACAUGUAGUACCCUUUUUUUCAUCACUGAGUGGAAGGAUGCUGGGGCUCUUCAUCCGUGGUAUAGAAGAAAACAGCAGGUCCAGGCGUGAUGGUCUAUUCCAUGAAAAUGAAUGCAUUGUGAAGAUUAACCAUGUGGACCUUACAGAUAAAACCUUUGCACAGGCUCAGGACAUCUUCCGUCAGGCAAUGAAGUUUCCAAGUGUCAUCUUGGAAAUCCUUCCUUCGUAUAAUCGAGAACAAUAUGAGAAGUCUGCUAUUGCUCCUCUUUGUUUUCUGGAUAACGAAGAAGGAGUUGCAAAAACAAAGAUUCCACCUCCUGUUCAUCCAAAACCUGUUCUGAAAAUAGUUAAUCUUUCUGGAGCAAGCAGCUUUGAGGCAGGUGUACAGGCAACACUACAACAAGCUAAGAGCCCCAACCUCCCACGUCUGGGUAGAAAGCCAUCUUCUCCCUCCCUGUCUCCACUUAUGGGCUUUGGCAAUAAAAAAAAUGCGAAGAAAAUAAAGAUUGACCUGAAAAAAGGUCCAGAAGGACUUGGUUUCACUGUGGUUACUAGAGACUCUUCAGUGCACGGUCCUGGUCCGAUUUUUGUGAAGAAUAUUUUACCAAAAGGUGCAGCAGUAAAAGAUGGUCGUUUGCAGUCAGGAGACAGAAUCCUAGAGGUGAAUGGACAGGACGUCACUGGCAGAACCCAAGAAGAGCUUGUGGCUAUGCUGAGGAGCACAAAGCAAGGGGAAACUGUCAGUCUGUUGGUGGCUCGUCAGGAGGAAGCCUUUCUACCUCGUGAGCUGAAAGGAGAACCAAACUGCAGUAUUCUUUCUCCAGAAACCACAGAGCAGUUGACCUUUGAGAUUCCUCUGAAUGAUUCUGGAUCUGCUGGACUUGGUGUGAGCUUAAAAGGCAACAAAUCUCGGGAGACUGGAGCUGAUCUUGGGAUUUUCAUUAAAUCAAUUAUUCACGGAGGUGCUGCUUUUAAGGAUGGUCGUUUGCGAGUAAAUGAUCAGCUUGUUGCAGUAAAUGGGGAGUCUCUUCUGGGCAAGUCAAAUCACGAGGCUAUGGAAACACUGAGGCGCUCCAUGUCCAUGGAGGGGAACAUUCGCGGGAGGAUCCAGCUGGUAGUUCUCAGGAGACUAGAGGUGCAGACAGAGGAACGCUCAGACCAGGGAGUCUUUCAAAAAUCAGCCUUUGAUGGGAGUCAUAACUUCACAGCUGUUUCCCGACGCAAUGAUGCUAUUCUUCAGCCGUUUGUAACGUGCAGUCCUCAGGAAAGAAUAAAAGAGUUGCCCGUGUCUGAUCGUGGCAGUGGUGAAAACGAAACUCCCCCACCUCUCCCACCACAUCCCAGUGAGGAUCUGCUGAAUGAGGAUUAUAAUCAUAGCCCUAUCAUGAAUUCAGCAGUGCAUUUAACAGAUCAGCACAUCAACUUCAGAUCCUUGACACCAGCCAAGCAGUCCGAAUCAAUUAAUCUGAAAGCCUCAAAAAGCAUGGAUCUUGUGGCAGAUGAAAGCAAAGUUGGUUUGUUGGCCGGACACAAAUCAGACUCUUCUGGCAGAGAUUUCGGUCCUACUCUGGGAUUGAAGAAGUCCAGUUCUCUUGAGAGUCUUCAGACUGCUGUGGCUGAAGUUAGGAAAAAUGAACUCCCUUUUCACAGACCCAGGCCUCAUGUGGUCCGUGGUAGGGGGUGUAAUGAGAGUUUCCGAGCUGCCAUUGACAAGUCUUAUGAUGGACCUGAAGAUGGAGAGGAGGAUGGUUUCUCUGAUAAGAGCUCUCACUCUGGUCAGGAAGCUCAAAACAUGGAAUCUGCCCAUCCAGAGAACCCUGAAAUAGAAGAUACAGAAUCCAAAGCAAAAAAAGACAAAAAAAAUAGAGAAAAGGAGAAGAAAAAGGAAAAGGGCAAAUCUAAAAUCAAAGAGAAAAAAAGGAAGGAAGAAAAUGAAGAUCCGGAAAAGAAAAAGAAGAAAGGCUUUGGUGUCAUGUUGAGAUUUGGUAAGAAAAAAGAAGAUAAAAGUGGGAAAACAGAUCAGAAGGGGAAUCCAAAGCAAGGCAUGCUUAAGGAGGAGGAGCUGGAGAAGAUGAAAGAUGAACGUGAAAGGAUUGGUGCAAAGCAUCAGGAGCUACGGCAAAAGCAAUUGAGAGGUCUGAGUGAUUAUUCUAUUGGUCCUGGAGGACCUGACAUUGAUGACGAUGAGGUGGAUCCAAAUUAUGCCAGAGUAAACCACUUCCGAGAGGUUUAUCCAGCAGCAAGCUUCUACAGGCCAUCAUCACCAGCAGUAGCAGAAACCUUUGUAUAUCCACGUGAUUCUCCUUCAACACCAAUGGAGAGGGAGCACUUGGAAGGACUGUAUGCAAAAAUAAACAAGCAGCACUACCCACAGACGCCUGGUGACAGUGGCUGCACAGGUGGUGGGAAUGCUGAUCGUAUCCAGAAGUUACGGAAGGAGUACCAUCAGGCCAGGCGGGAAGGCUUGCCUUUCUACGAGGAUGACGAAGGAAGAACGCAACCCUCUGAUUACGACCAGCGCUGGGUGCCUGGAAAAGGUCCAGAUGGGAGCUCAUACAGUCCCCACUUCGAGGGGAUGGAAAGGCAGUAUGCAUCCUUACCCAGGCGUGGACCUGCAGAGCCACUGGAAUAUUUAACAGGGCCACGAGUAGUAUACAAAGAGAGAGAUCUUCCUUACUACCAAGGAGGACAGCCUGUCAUCCACCCAUCUAAGGGGAACUACGUCCGUGUGCCAGACACAAGAGUGGCAGAAUUGAGGUACCCCCAGUACUACCCAGGCCAGCCCAUCACAAACCAGCAUAAAGGACCCCUCCGGCAGGAUGUGCCACCUUCCCCUCCUCAGUCCCACCGUGCACCAGCGUAUAAUGAAAUUGUCCGACACCGCGGGACCGGUCCAGAACAGUACCAGUACAGGCAACAAGAUCCCAGGCAGAAGAACCCCAUGACUGCAGCUGUAUAGCUACACACUGGACUUGCUAGCACAGCUCGGGAGGAAUCCCAUCGGACAUAAUAUCCUGGUGGAGUUGUUCCUAAGCGUAGCUGCCUGUAAGAGUGGCACACGAGACCUGGAGUCAUUCUUACUGAGCUGGGCUCAGCGUAGGUGCUUUCUAACAGGCAGACUAAAGCCACAUGAGGUACGAUGUGUUUUGAGUACAUGAGGUACCAGACAGUUGAGUAUUUUUUAAUUCCUUUUAAAAAUAGACCGUGGCUGCUGUAAAAGAAGCGCAACACUUAAUACACCUCAGGGCUAUUUACCGAAUCCAGUUACACCUAUACAGUAUGCAGCUGUCUGUAUAUACAAAGGGCAGUGGUGUCACCAGAGUUUACUUCAGAGUGCUGUUGUAGAGCCUUUAAGUAGGAACACAGCAUGCAAUAAGGACUUUGUGCGGAGCUGAGAAUCUUGUGUAAUCCAGUGUGCGUUGACAAGGGACUGCCACAGAGGUAGUGGCCACAUUCCAGGCACGUUCAGACCAGCAGCGCUGUGCUAUAAGGAUGCUGCAGAUUUGUAAUCUGGCCUGUCUUCCUCUUUCUGUUUGCUGGUGGCAGCAUUUAUCUUGUAGCCUUCAUUUUUUGCAGGUUGUGUAGCAAGAUUUUGCUCUUGUUGCAGCUGCUGCAUUUAGAGUAAGACAAAAAGCUUUACCCACCAUUCUUGGGCAGGCUCGCAGAGGACAGGGCAGCCAGCCACCCGAGAAACGUGUGUCUGUACGUGUGUGCACUCAUGACUGUUUCUUCAUUAUACAGUAUGUUCUCUUCAAAUGUAAACCCUGGAGAUCAGAUCCUCAGCUGCUGCCAGCUCUUGGGGUUUCAGUAGAGCUGGCCUACAAGAAGUGCCUGAGCAGAUGCUGGCAGACAUGAGCUCCAUGAUUCAUAUUAAGUUACUGCAUCAGGUGCUGCCUUGGCUCCAGCAGGAGCCCCGCCACAGCCAGGUUACAGCACAGUGCCAGCAGCAGCGUGCCCUGCCCUCACCAGCCUUGCUGCCCCGGGAAGGAGCCUGUCAGUGCAGGGCCACCUGAAGUCCCCCCAGUGGAGCUCAGCCUCAGCCGGUGCCAAGUGCCAAACUACUCAAGUUCCUGCAGCCAGGGGCCAUCAGGCCAGUGGGGAAUGUUAUAUGCAGCAGUGCGUAGGAAGAGAGAAGGUGUGGAUGAGAAGAGGGGCCAGCAGCACAGCAGAGCUGGAGGGGGGCACAGGGUGGUGGGGUUCGUGCCAUCUGUUUGCCCCACACAGCCUGAGCUUGCUCUGCUGCCAGCCAGCCUUGGGGAGGUCAGGAAUGCAUGUCCUCAGCCACAGGGACCUGUGCUACUGGCCCAACAGGGCCAUGGCUGUGCAAAGCUUUGUCUCAAGGGAUUUGUCACGGGGAAACCAUAGAGUCUUGUCACCUAGAAAUACAUUUUGAGAAGUUUCCAAGUGCCCUUAACUCCUUGACUUCUGCCUUGAUAGCAGAGUGCUAUUAAGCCAUUUGGGCUCCUCUCCUCAUCAGGGAGAGGCUGUGACCUGGCCACGCGUUAAGCUCAAGGAUUUCUUUGAUGUCUUUUUGACACCUUUGGUAUGCAAGAAAUUCAAUCACGUAAGUCACUUCCCAGGUAUUAAAUAUCACCAGCAAGGUUUGUCCUGCUAGGAUCAUGUCCCUUUCCUAGAUACCCCUGGGAAAAGGGCUUGUUAGAGCAAGAGUUCUGGAAGGCCCAGAG